UUGGCCUAUUCUAAGCAGUCUUUAGUAUUAUCAAAUUGUAUUUCAACUACUUCAACAAAUUUUGUAUACAAGCUUGUAGCUAAAGAUGACGAAAUAAAAACAAUUAACGACGCCCUUCGCGAGGGCACACGGCAAUUAAUAUUCAGAGAAAUAUUGAAAGAUAUAUAUAAUAUCCUCCGAACCAAAGGUAUGGCAGUGGUUCUAGGGAACUUUUUUAAGGAGCCUGCUACGAUAAAUUAUCCAUUUGAGAAAGGACCACUUAGCCCUCGUUUCCGGGGUGAACAUGCUUUACGUCGGUACCCAAGUGGUGAAGAGAGGUGCAUCGCAUGCAAACUCUGCGAAGCAAUCUGCCCAGCUCAGGCAAUAACUAUUGAAGCAGAACCUAGAGCUGAUAAUAGCAGACGUACUACACGCUAUGACAUUGAUAUGACUAAAUGCAUAUAUUGCGGCCUUUGUCAAGAAGCCUGUCCAGUUGAUGCGAUAGUUGAGGGUCCAAAUUUUGAAUAUUCAACUGAAUCUCGCGAAGAACUUUUUUAUAAUAAAGAAAAGCUUUUGCAAAAUGGAGACAGAUGGGAAGUUCAAAUAGCAGAAAAUAUCAAAGCUGAUUAUGUAUAUCGUUGA